AAUCCUCUCACCAGUCCAACCCAAACCAACCCCAGACAUCACCAUGUCCGACUCCUGCUGCGGCUCCACCUGCUCCUCCCCGGGCUGUGGGGGGGGCUACUGCCAGCCCUGCUGCUGCCGUGACCCCUGCUGCUGCCGCCCCGUGUCCUGCCAGACCACCGUGUGCCGCCCCGUGACCUGCACCUGCCGCUGCACGCGCCCCAUCUGUGAGCCCUGCCACCGCCCUGUCUGCUGUGACCCCUGCUCCCUGCAGGAGGGCUGCUGCCGCCCCAUCAGCUGCUGCCCCACGUCCUGCACGGCCGUGGUCUGCCGCCCCUGCUGCUGGGCCUCCACCUGCUGCCAGCCCAUCUCUGUGCAGGCGCCCUGCUGCCGCCCCCCCUGCUGCCAGCCUGCCCCCUGCCGCACCACUUGCAGGACCUCCCCCUGCUGCUGA